CUUAGCUUUUUGUUCAAUUCCCGGGCUUAGGUUUUACUUCUUCAGUUACUUAACAUGGACGACAGAUUUUCCAGGGGUCAACUCGGGUUCGAGCAAGCAUAUUGUUGUACUUCUUUCUCCAAAUCCAAAAAAUCUGAACUCGAAUGUGGCGAUAAAAUUGUGAUGCCCGAAUCAGCCCUUCAUGCAUUGAUGGCCAGGAAUAUCCCACAUCCAUAUAUGUUUCAGAUUAAACCAUAUUACAAUCCAGGGCACGUUUCUCACUGCGGCAUCUCGGAAUUCACCGCGGACGAGGGAUUUAUCAAGGUGCCGGAUUGGAUGAUGGAGAACUUGAAUUUACAAGAAGGAGAGCUAGUACUGGUCGAAAGCGCCUUGCUUCCGACUGGAAAUUUCUUGAAACUGCAGCCGCAUUCAACAAAAUUCAUCCAACUCUUAAACCCAAAAGCUGUUCUUGAAAAAACUCUGCGCAGGUUUUCUUGUUUGAGCACCGGGGAUACCAUAAUGGUCACUCAUGAUAACCAGAAGUUUUACAUUAAUGUUUUGGAAACGAAACCGGGCCCUGCAAUUUGUCUCAUAGAGACGGAUUGUGAAGUGGAUUUUGCUGCUCCUCUUGACUAUAAAGAACCUGAAAAACCGGAAAAAGUCAAAGAGAACGCUCCAGAAAAAGUAGAAGAGGAGGAGACUGAAGAACAGAUUAAAUUUAGGCCAUUCACAGGCAAGGGGAGACGCUUGGACGGGGAAUCUGUAGACGGUAAAGUGGCUAACAGCAAGACUCAAGAGAACAAUGCGCCGACCACCAGUGGCAGCUCCGGCGGAUCAGGUGCGGUUUCGGCGUCAACCACCAGUGUUGGCGGCAAGAAAUCUGGAAAGCUUGUUUUUGGUUCCAACGGCUUGGAGAGAUUAUCAGAUGACUCGAGGAAUGACUUCAAACUCCAAGAGAGAAAAGAGCAAAAAUCUCAAGCUUUCACAGGCAAGAAACAUGUACUAGGAAGCCUAUAGUCGGUUUAUUAAUCGGCGCCUUUCUAGUUCCAUCUUCAUAGUUUAUUUCGUUGAAUUUUAUUCAAUAUUACGAUCCUCACAAUUUUUUA